AUGAAGAGCUAUCGGCUCCUGCUCCUCUUCACCAUCUUCGCUGCUGUUCUUUUCAUCCAUCGCGAUCGUGUCGCAUAUGCUGGCUUCAAGUCAUGGAAUGCCUCCUCAAGCCUUAUGUUCGGUAGUCAUGUCGAUUGGAGUCAAAUUCCCAAGCAUCACACAGUCACGUCUAUGUAUGCUCUGCCCACCGGUCAGCCAAAGAAGCUGCCAAAAUUUCAGUACAGCUUCCCAACCGAGUCUUCGUCCGAGAAGUCAGUACGUGAGGAGAGACGAAUCGCCGUCCUUGAGGCAUUCAAACGAGCCUGGAGCUCGUACAGGGAUCAUGCCUGGAUGGCUGACGAACUGACCCCCAUCUCGGGUGACAAGAGAAACACUUUCGCCGGAUGGGCUGCCACUCUGGUUGAUGCAUUAGACACGCUAUGGAUCAUGGGUCUGAAAGCCGAGUUUAACGAAGCCGUGGCAGCAGCAGUCUCCAUCGAUUUCGCAUCCACAGCACAAGACGAAAUCAACGUGUUCGAAACAACAAUUCGCUAUAUGGGCGGCUUUUUGUCUGCAUACGACUUGAGUGCCGACGAAAGACUUUUGGUCAAAGCCAAGGAACUUGGUGAGAUGUUGCUCCACGCCUUCGACACUCCCAACCACAUGCCCAUCACUCGCUGGAGAGUCAUGGACGCUCGCAGAGGUGCUCCCCAGACCGCCGAUCCCGUCACGCUCGUAGCUGAGAUUGGCUCACUCGUCAUGGAGUUCACCCGACUUUCUCAGAUCACUAAAGACCCACGCUGGUUCGAUGCCACGCAUCGCGUGAUGAAACUCUUCGAAGAGCAACAGUCCAAGACAAACGUGCCUGGUAUGUGGCCCAUCCUUGUCAACGCCAAAGAUAUGGACCUUACUUGGCACGACACGUUCACACUUGGCGCGAUGUCGGAUUCUGCAUAUGAGUAUUUGCCCAAGAUGCACGCACUCCUUGGCGGAUUGGAACCGAUGUAUGAGAAGAUGUACCGUGAUGCCAUGCAGACCGCCAUCCGAUACACGCUCUGGCGACCCAUGACGCCUGAUAAAGCAGAUAUUUUGAUCGCAGGAACAGCUCACGUCGGUCAAGAUCACAAAGGUGGGCUUGACUUUCAAGGGCAGCAUCUUGUUUGCUUUGCUGGAGGCAUGUUAGCUUUAGGUGGAAAAUUAUUCGAUGACCAAACUCACCUCGACAUGGGCAGGAAAGUGACAGACGGCUGUAUCUGGACGUACAAAGCCAUGCCUCUAGGCAUCAUGCCUGAAGUCUUUCACAUGGUCGAGUGUCCUACUAACGAGCCUUGUGAGUGGGACGAGAAGGCCUGGCACAAAGAGGUUCUGAGAAGAAAGGGCGGCGAUGAUAGUGACAAGCUGGAUGUCCAGAAGGUCAUUGCCGAAGAACGUCUUCCACCUGGCUUCUCAAGUCUUGAUGACCGCAGAUACAUCUUGAGGCCCGAGGCAAUCGAGAGUGUUUUCAUCUUGUACCGUAUCACUGGUCGCAAAGAUCUGCAAGAGACUGCAUGGCAGAUGUUCAACGCCAUUCAGGAAAACACGAAGACUGCACUGGCCAAUGGUGCUCUUGCAGACGUCUCUCGAGAAGAUGGAAAGGUGACGGUCACAGACAGCAUGGAGAGUUUCUGGUUGGCAGAGACGCUCAAGUACUUCUACCUGAUUUUCAGCGAACCUGACGUGAUCAGUCUGGAUGACUACACCUUCAACACAGAAGCACAUCCAUUCAAGAUCCCUAAGUAA